CUCCCCAAUCAACUCAACCACGAAAUUACAACCACCUGUACAUCCCUCCUUAUCCUCUUCAUCCCUCUCCCCCCUCUAUUCUAAAACCCACCCCCGACAACAUGUCGCAGUCCCAGGACAUCAAGCCCCGCCAGGAGGAGUCGUCGAUCGUCGCGCCGACUCCCCAGAACACGCCCCUCGCCACGCAGGUGCUCGCCAACCGCCCCGCCGGCCUCGGCAAGCCCCAGGUCGAGGACGUUGCCGAGGACGAGGAGGACGAUGAGGGCGAGGACGUGACUGGCGUCAACCCUGCCAGCUUGCUUGCCAGCAACCCCGCCCUCCUCGCCCUUGCCCAGCACAAGCUCGGCGCUCUCAUCGGCCGCGACUCGGGCUACCUUGCCUCGCUUCCCCCCAAUGUUCGCAGGCGUAUCGACGGCCUCAAGGGCCUCCAGGUCGAGCACGCCAAGAUUGAGAGCGAGUUCCAGCUUGCCAUCCUCGAGGUUGAGAAGAAGUUCCUCGCCAAGUACAACCCCCUGUACGAGCGCCGUCAGGAGAUCAUUGCCGGCAAGGUCGAGCCCACCGACGAGGAGGUGACUGAGGGCCAGAAUGCCGACUCGGACGACGAGGACGACGAGGAGGAGGAGGGCGCCCACGUUACCGAGAUCACCGAGGACGGCAAGGACGCCAAGGUCACUGGUAUCCCCGAGUUCUGGCUCACCGCCCUCAAGAACCACAUUCCCGUUGCCGAGACCAUCACCGACACGGACGAGGAGGCCCUCCAGCACCUCACCGACAUCCGACUCUCGUACCUUGACGCCCAGCCCGGCUUCAAGCUCCACUUCACCUUCUCGCCCAACGCCUUCUUCGAGGACGCCGAGCUCACCAAGACCUACUACUACCAGGAGCAGGUCGGCUACGGUGGCGACUUUGUCUACGACAAGGCCGAGGGCUACGAGAUCAAGUGGAAGGAGGACAAGGACCUCACGAAGAAGAUUGAGAUUAAGAAGCAGCGCAACAAGACCUCGGGCCGCACCCGUGUCGUCCGCAAGGUCGUCCCCACCGACUCGUUCUUCAACUUCUUCAAGCCUCCCCAGCCCCCAACGCGCGAGGAGCUCCAGGAGGGUGACGUCGACGAGGAGGAGCUCGAGGAGCUCGACGCCCGCCUCGAGGUCGACUACCAGCUCGGCGAGGACUUCAAGGAGAAGAUCAUCCCCCGUGCCGUCGACUACUUCACCGGCAAGGCUCUGCGCUAUGAGGAGGACUACGAGGAUGAGUUUGAGGACGACGACGAGGACUUUGAGGAUGACGAGGACGACGAGGAGGGUGCCCCCGCCGGUGACAACCAGGAGUGCAAGCAGCAGUAAAUGCGCGACCCGGACCCCCCGUUUCCUGCAUGUAUACCUCCCCCGGUGAUCCCCGUAGAUAGUGUCUCGACCUCAUGGCAGCGUCAGCUGUCAGCUGCAAUCCAACCCCCACCCCCACACACUUCCCAUCAACGUUUCCUUCUCUCGCACGUGCUACACCCCUUAGUGAUACCCGCGUGAUGCGGACGCUGAGGUUUACUUAAAUGCAAAUCGAUCACGACUGG